AUGCACGUCAAUCACCGCGCAUCGCUCGCCGCCGCCGACGACGACGACGACGUGCUCGCGACCGGCCAGCUCCUCUCCGACCACGCGCCCGACGCCGAGACGAAGAAGGGCCAUGCAGCCCCGCCCACCCAUGUCUACCGGCCCGACAUUGACGGUCUCCGGACGCUGGCGGUUGUCCCCGUACUCGUCUUCCACGCGUACCCAACGCUCUUUCCCGGGGGCUUCAUUGGCGUCGACGUCUUCUUUGUCAUCUCUGGCUUUCUCAUUUCCGGCAUCCUCUUCAAGGAGCACGCGCGCGGCAAGUUUACGUACACGAGCUUCUACGAGCGCCGCGUUCGCCGCAUCUUCCCGACGCUCAUCAUUGUGCUGAGCGCGACGCUCUGGCUCGGGUAUCUCUACCUCAUGGCGCCCAAGCUGCAAGCGAUGGCGGCGACCAUCUUUGCCGGCACGCUCUUUGCCGCCAACCUCCAACACCGCGCGUUCCCUGGCUUUUGGGCCCUCUUGCCGACGGUCGGCGCGACCUUGCUCAUCGCGGCCGGUCCCCGCGCGCCCUUCAACCACCACGUCCUCAGCCAUGCCGCCGUUGUGUACAUCGGCAAGAUCAGCUACUGCCUCUACCUCUGGCACUGGCCGCUCCUCGUCAUCACGAAGGACCGGUACCCGAUGGUGGCGACGCGGCCAUUCUUCGCCGAGCCGUGGGUCGUCCUCGUCAUCUCGUUUGUCUUGAGCGUCGCGACGUACGAAGACGUCGAGAUGCGGCUGCGCCGGAGCAAGCACAAGUACAUUACACCCGUGCUUGUGUUGGGCGUUGUCUGCAUUGCGGCGUUUGCAGCGGCGGUCCACGCCAACCCGGCCGACUUUUCCAUGAUUGAAAUCGGCUUGAAGAACGCCGCCGCCCCCGCACUUGUCGACGCGUCGGUGCUGGCCAGCAACGCGUCAGCCACCCCGACUUUGAGCCAAGCGCAACAGGCCAUGAAGGACUUUGGCUGGAACGAGGGCACGGGCGAGGACUGCCCGCGUGAUUCGCCGUACAUCACCAACUUGAUCCGACCCGCCAACUUUGGCCAUCAGGUCAACUACUUUUCCGGCGAAGUCAAGGUCAUCAACCCCGGCCACGAGAAAGACAAUGGGCUCUUGGUUGUGCUUGGGGAUUCGCAUGCCGACAUGUCCAAGCCGCGCUUCGUCAAGCUCUUCGAGGACGCGACCGCCAACAACGACGACAAAUUUCCCACCAUCGUGAUCAACAGCUGGUCCGCGCGGCCGCUCCUCUCGUGCCGGGCCGAGUACUUUGCGAACCUGGCCAUGGUCCACGCAGUGAAGCCCCAAGCGGUGCUCCUCAUCGUGCAUUACUUUCAGUACAUGCACCCGGGCGGUCCGUCCGAUCGGCCGCGCAACGACAUUCCGGCGUGCUGCUACGACGACUACCUUCCUUGCGACGAGCAAAACAUGGACGACGUCAACGCCAUGUGGGCGUCGCUUAAGGACGAGCUGACGAAGCUCCACGAGAUGGGCAUCAAGGUCUUCGUCGUCAACCAGAGUCCCGAGUACGAGCACAUGAACCCGUGGGCGUGGGUCUCGGGCGAGACGGUGAUUCUCCCAACGCCGUUCCGCAAGAGUGUCUUCAACCGUGACUUUCAGUGGCUCCUCGACCCGCUGCACGCGACCGUCAAGGCGGCCAACGCGACGCUCAUCGACUACGCCGACAACUACUCGAACGGCGACGAGAUCACGCUCACGGAUGCACAGGGCUACCCGGUCUUUGCUUUCACGCAGCACUUGACCGCGCAUUUUUCGCGCAACUACCUCACGGUCGUCGACCAAGUUGUGGACGCGGCGCGGCUGGCGUAA